AUGCGAUCACAGAGAUCAUUCGAGGAUGAGACUCGAUUCGAUAAAUAUCGACGAAUCACAUUCAAGAAACAACUUUCUGAGCACCCAGUUUACGAUUUUUGGCUGACGCUACUCGAAAGUAACUGGGAGAUUUUCUUCGAUACUGAGACUCGCGUGCCUAAUCAAAAGCUGAUGUUGUGCUUCCAAUUCGCUAUCCGUCACGGUUACUGUCAAUUAGUAGAGUACAUCUGGUCGAAGAUCGGUGACAAUACAAAGGAAUAUAUUGGUGCAUGGCGUUUUGCAUAG